AUGGCAAGAAUGGAUACAGGUAAUAUUUCACCCACUUUCCAGCCAUCCCAAAGACUAUCCCAAUUGCACUUGACCGAGGAGUUAAAAAUAGUUUUGGCAAAAGUUGGUGUAAAACUCACUCUUAGCCUUAGCGAGCCAACACAUAUAUUAGAACGAGAACAAGCCUUAGUUGUAAGGGAACUUACAAAGUAUUUUGAAUCAAAAGAUACUCAACUAUGCUCUAAAAACUUUUCGAUUGGCUUAAAAUAUUUAUGUAAAAAAGAGAAGCAUCUGAAAAAGUUCCUAACUCAAACAGAAUUUAGAAAAACCGAUGAUGAGAAUGAUUGGAUUUAUCAGGAGAGUCUUAUUAGCAUAUUCCUUAAAAUCCCCCAUCUUCAAGAUGAAGUUAUGGAACUACUUCUAGAUAAUGUAACAGAUGCAGCUAUAGAGGACACAGAAGACACUUCGUGGCUGAGAACUUUACUUCAACCGCUCAGGUUUUUACCGACAGUAAAAAACUCUGAAUUCCUAGCCAAAAAGCUUUUGGAUAUUCUAGAAAUAUCUUCGUUUACUUGCAGAUUAGAGAUUCUAGGAGCUUUUCCGGAAAUUUUACCUGAUAAUCAGUGUGACUUUGCCGCAAAAGAAUUAACAAAAUUGUUUGACGAAAAUGGUGAACUUUGCGGAGCUUUAGUUGAUUGUUUAUCAGCUUUGAAUGUAGACACAGAAACAAAAAAGCAAAUCAAUGAUAGGGUUUUAGUUAAAAUCUCAGCAAAUGUGUGCUUGAAGGAUUAUUUGAUUUUGAUUAAGUUUUUACUGAGUGAUUGUAAAAUUCUAAAUAUGGUGCCAACUUUGUUGAAAAUACGAAACUCUUUGGACAGAAUUAUAGAAAGUAGUGGCACAGACAAAGACUCUGAAAUAAUUUUAAUUUUUCGUUAUCUUCAAAGAUCAGCUUCCAUAAAAAAAACCCUGGCCGAUGGUUGGUUGAAUUUAAUUUCAAAUAUUAAUCAUUCUUACGACCAUAAACCAGUCGAUUUAUUAAUAAUAUUUAUGUUGCAUCAAUCAUCUGACAAUAGACGAAGAGUUAUCGAGGCUAUUUUCAGAAAACGAGUUUCUUUGGGAUUAUUUAAACUAAAUUUAUUGGAGAAAUUUUUUGAAAAAUAUUUCACACCACAGCUUCUUAAGAAUUACUUGGCAGAUAUUAUUGAUAUCGGUAGUUGCUUGUUAGGAUACGCGAAAGACACUUUGGUGGCAAAAUUUGCGACUAACUUAUUUCAAUUGUUGUUUAACAAUAUUCAUGUGGGGCCGAUUUCUGGAAGGGAAAUUUUAUCCAGCUUAAUAUCUUUAACCGGGUCUAAUGAUGAUUGCACCACAAAUACUUUGCUAAAGCUUAUAAAGUCUUUAGUAGACAUUGAUUCGAAAAAAGUGCAAAAACAUAUAAAUUUAUUAAUGCAGUUGUUAGAAAAGAUUGAUACGAUGAAAUAUAGAGAUAUAAAAAUCACUUUUGAUAUUUUAUGCUCGUUGCUUUGUGGAGACAAAGCAGAGGAUUUUUUGUCAGGAUUCAAAGAUCAAAUUUUCAAUACUAUAAGAAAGCAAUUGUCUUGUUACGAAAGAAGUGUAAGACUUACUGGAAUUAUUAGUGCCAUAACUAUGGUAAAGCAUUGUGCUUCAGUUAGUAUAUAUCAAGGAGAAUUGACUUUAGAUGAAUUGGAUCAGCGACCAAUUCCGAAUAAAGAAGCUGUAGAAUUAUUGGAGUUAGUUAAUUGCGCCACAAGCGAAAAUUCUGAACAACAAUGUUUGUAUUACGAUCAGUUGGCUUCAAUUUUAGCCAGCGAAAAGAUUUUUGACAAGUACUUUUUAUACUGGCUGUACAAAAAAGUCCAUGAGGAUUUUGAGAAAAGCUUCCUAAAAGUUUAUUUGGGACCGAAAACUGUUCAAGUUGUUGGUUUAACAAUGCAAUUCAUGCUUAACAAACCUGAGGAACUUGUCGAAACUUUAGCAGUAAAUAUUGGCGGCUAUACCAUGUACCAGAAAAAUGAUAAAAUAUUAAUUUUAGCUCCGUAUUUUAGAGUUUUACGUUUGCUGCACUUUAGACAACACGGUAAUUUAUUGCAAAUCGACUCUUUGUUAGGUUGUGGCAUAAUUUUGCCAGAGGAAAAUUUAGAUUUUGAAAAUUUGAACAUAGAACAAAUCAAAUUAGUUGCUGAUUGUCUUUUCCACUGCAUCAAUUGGUUCAGAGAAACUAUUAGCGCAUUUGUGACUGAAAAAGAUACUGUAAUACAACAAAGAGUAAUCAAGCGGCUGGAUAAUUUAAUAGACGUUGAAGAUAAAUUACAUGGGUUAUUGAGAAAAAUACCUGGGCAUAAUUUACCUCUAAGCUAUUUUGAUGGAACUCAAAUUGUUAGUAAGCAAUUAGUAAGAAGUGAACCCUCAAUUAAAAAUCCUCGUAAAAAGGUAGCCAAGUCAAAUACAAUAGUAAAUAAUGAGAGUUCCAUGAUAACUGAAACUCAAAUUAAUGAUACACAACUGGUCAAGAAUAAAAAGAAAGGAAUUCAAGUAAAAGCUCAGAAACUUCAGUUUAGAGAACUGGAUACUGAUUUAGUGCUUUUAAUCAAGUAUCCUCUGAAUUUGGAUAGUAUGGACACUGAAGAGAAUAUGACGUUAAAUUUACAACAAAUAAAAUUUAUCUUAAACGAUUUUAUUGAAAAAUUAACAUUGUUAACGCAAACAAAUAAAAAUGUAAAUUUAUCGCACUUCAAUGAUGUUAAAGCUGAUUAUUUGAUGCACGAUUGUGUUCGAAUUGUUAAAAAUUUGAAUAAGUUUUUGGAAAUUAUCGUUAAGAAAAUAAAUGAGUUUGGAGAAGAUGCCCCUUACUCCGAGGAAGCUGUUGAUAUUCAAAUUUGCUUUGGUAGUAUUUUGCAAAUUUUCUAUUUAAUUUUUCAAUGGCCGGGCUUCCAGAAUACCAAUAACAGUCAUCUAUUGCAAGACAUUCUAGAAAGUGCUAGAGAUUCUUGCAGCCAAAAUCCUAGAGAUCCAAUUGUAGCUUUUGUCAAUAAAAUUGUCCAAUAUACACCAAAUUGCUUACAAUUAAGCCAUGGGGCAAGUUUGAUAAAAAUAAUGGAUGUUUUGAAUUCAUUGAGUGCCAGCGAAAAUAAAAAGCAAAUUUCUACAGUCGCUGAAACGUUUUUGAAAAAACGCUGGUACGACUUUCAAGGAAAGUUAGACCAAGGUCGCGACUGUAAUCAAAACACUGACAUCUUAGUUAAAGCUUAUUUAGAUAAUUUUAAUGUGGAAUCUAUUUUAGCACUUGUUGAAAUUUUAGUCGAAGACAUUGAAGCUUUAAACCCUAGAAAUGGCUGCCUGAAUAAAUUUCCUGCUAUAUUUAACAAAAAUUUCCAUGUAUUUUUUGCAGGAUUGUGCAAUGCCUUAUUGGCAACGAUAAAAAUCGAAAUUCAAGCCCUUACAAACUCUGGCCAUUUAGUGUUGUGGCGUUCGGCUGCUGAAAUUUUGGCAAACUUGAUGAAUAUAGCAAAAACGUUAAAAAACCGCAGUAUUUUUUUGUGUUUCUUAAAAAAAACAACACAAGUUUUGAAGAUAUUCCUAGCCAGCGGUAUGCCAAUAUUGGAAAUAAUGUUGAAACACAAAGCAGAAGAAGUGGUUGUUAUUCUAAAAACCAUUCAAACCAGUACAAGAUUUUUGAAUUAUUUAUGCUGCCAAGCUAAACAAACUAGAGACGCCAGCUUAGUUGCUUACAUCCCAUCGUUUACUCAUACAAGAGAGUGCUUAACGUUCAGAGUGAAAGCUGCUCUAGUAGCUAAUGAUCUUUCCACGGCUAUUUGGGUGGGAAAUUUGAAAAAUCGUAAUAUUGAAGGUGAAGAUAUUAUCAGUCAAAGUACAGUGGCAUCUUCAAGUCAAGAUCCUACUGAUAUCGAUAAUGAUCAGUUGCCCAGCGACGAUGAUGACGAUGAAAAUAUUAUUAACGGAUCAGAUAAUGAAGCUGAAAGUGAAGUUUAUGGUUGA